AUGCCGGCUUCAACCGCCUCGAUAACAAGUUCCAUCUAUGACUGAGGCUAACGAGGAUUGGACAAACAACUGCGUGUGCAUGCAGACGGCACCACCACCGAUUAAGCCGUUCCUACAUCGCUAGAGCGUUCUCAGCAGCUGAUCCCCAAACUACAUCCGAGGGACAUCGUCCCAUGAAGCCCACUUCAGACAUGGACCAGGAGAAGAUGGAGUGCUCCGUUCUGCCCACACAGCUGACCAGCAGGCCCGAGAAGGUUCUGAAGGAUCUUGUGGUGCCCCUUACCGAGCUUCCAGAAUCUCCAUCUGCAGCCAAGCACCGUUUGUACCUCACCGUUGGUGUCCUCUACCUCUCAUCUCUGGCCUUUGGCAAUGCAUGUGCUUACUCUUCACCAGCACUGUGUGAUAUCCGUCAGCGCAUAUCCUUCACGGCAGAGGACACUGACUGGUUUGGAACUCUUCUCAAUAUUGGAGCUGUAUUCGGCGGUCUUGCUGCCGGUGGCCUGAUCAACCUGAUAGGACGCAAGCGCACGGUCUUACUGGCAUCAUGCUUUUUCGUGGGAGGCUGGGGCUUCACCAUGGUUGCCGAGUCACCCUCAAUGCUCUUCGUCGGAAGGUUUAUCGUCGGAUUCGCCGUAGGGCUCGUUGCCCUUGCAUUGCCCGUCUUCAUUUCAGAAAUCAGUCCGUCCAACACCCGUGGGGUACUCUGUGCAAGCAGCGCAAUCGUCAUCACACUUGGUAUCAUGCUAACGUUUAUCCUUGGGAAAUACCUCAAUUACAUAUUGCUUUCCCUCGCAUGCAUGCUGCCUUCCAUUGUGUGUGGUAUUGGUAUUUGCUUCAUCCACGAAUCGCCACGCUGGCUUUACCAGAAAGGACGCAAAGAUCAAGUCGUAGAAGCUUUACAUUUCUACGUCGGACCAUACAUUGAAAACGAAAUGUACAUUCUUAGGGACAGCUUGGACGCUACAGAAGCCUUCACGUUAGCAGACAUUCCUUAUGUUUGCAAGCCGUUCUUCUGCACAUUACUCUCCCUGUUCUUGCAGCAGUUUUCCGGAAUCUGCAUUUUGCUCUAUUUCACGCACGAUAUAUUUGAGUCAUCGGGCUCAACGAUAUCCGCUGCUGAUUGUUCCAUAAUUGUGAGUGCAGUGCAGUUCCUCGCUAUUGGGUUUUCAAGCCCGCUAGCAGAUCGCCUAGGACGGAAAAUUCUACUCCUUGCUUCCGUCGCGUUGGCGGCGCUGAGUCACGUUACGCUGGGGCUAUUUUUCUACUUCAAAAACAAACAGGGCAAUGCUUUGUUGGAAUCAUUUGGAUGGGUACCACUGGUUUCGGUCAGCGUGUACUUCUUCGGGUAUGCCAUAGGCCUCGCGGGGCUGCCGUGGGUACUCCUUGGGGAAAUGUUGCCAUCACGGGUGAAGGGAGCCGCCACGGGUUUCUGUACCGCAUUUUGCUUCGCGUGUGGUGUGGUUGUGGUUAAGACUUUUCCUGACAUGUUGCGCUUCCUGGGCGACGCUGGUCUUUAUUGGUUCUAUGCAACAGUUCUUGCUUGUGGAUUCGUGUUGUGUAUUUCAUUCGUGCCGGAGACAAAAGGGAAGAGCCUUGAAGAGAUUGAAGAACUAUUCGGAAGAAAGACUUCCACAGAAGCAGGUUCUAAGCCUAAUUUUGAAGUUAAUCUUAGUGUUCUCCCAGUGUGAAAGACCUGAGCAUGAAAGUACCGAGAAAUGUGAACUGGUGAGCGUCACUUGGAGGCACCCCCUGGAAUAUAUGAGUGUGUGCUCCUAAUAGAAUUAGGAUAUCAAACCGCAUCGAUGCCACACAAGCACAUUCGAAGAAGAGCAAAGGCAUACUACAUCUUUUACGCUGCCCUCUUCCGCAAGUAGAAUGGCACGGGUGAGGCCUUCAUUCUCACACAUGAGCGGUAACGACCACCUGUUAAGUAUAUUUUGCGACAGGUUUUACUGAUCAUCGUCACCCGCCAAUAAUUAUUAUUUAAUUUCGGGAAGCAAAGCGAAACCACGUGCGAUACUUGAAGGUGUGACGCUAAAGCAUUAAGUCAUCGAGGGGCUUUCUAAGUAGGAAGCGGAAGUCUCACCAGAGAAGUUGAACUGGAGGCAACAUGUGUCGCCUUUCCUAGGCCCAUUUCCUCUCUCACGAUGGUGAGACAUCGGUGUGACCGUGCCAGGCUCAUGUCCAUUUAACUAUAUGAUCGUUUGUAUCCAACGGGUUUCAGGUUUUCACUAUUUCCAAACAGCCGCGUAUCCUGAACCAAGGAAGUCAUUCCGUUAACGAGCGCUUCGCGGCAAUCCCUUGCCAGAAACGCUCCAAUGUACUGCAAAUUCUAUUAACUACUUACGACAUCACAUAUUGCGCAUGGUUACCCCACACCAAUAAUAACCUCAGGGGCUUAAGGCUCGCAACGCAACAUCGUGGUCGCUGCACAAGAGCACAAACAGGCAUUGAUUGCUACCUGUUAGCAACGAAUAGUGUACAUAAGGAACAAAGCCUGUAUGUCAUAAUAAAUUAUACGUUCUACUUCGCCGUUCGAAGUUUUUCGAGAAUGAACGUGACGCAGUUUAAUGCUUUUGAAUAAGUUUAAUGCUUUCGCCACUAUAGUAUGUAAUGUGAACUAUUUUUCCGUUGCAAUGUGACAUAUGUAGGCUCGUAAUAAAGUGAUUUUCAGUAAAGGGA